AUGAAAGUUGCAUUGGUUUUUCUUUGUUUUGCGACCGUUUUUGGGUCGAUUGAAGUUGGCACUACUAAUGGAGUGGUGAUAGGAGAACAGUUAGUGGUUGGUGAAGUUAAAGUCAACGUUUUUAGAGUGAGUUUUAACAAUUUUUCGUAAGGUUGCACUUACUUUACAUUUUUUUUGGUUUUAUCAAAACUGUAGUAAAACGAAAAAAAACAUUAUUUUUGUCUAUUCCACAUUUAUUUGUCGUAUUUUACAUUCAUUUUUAAAAAAAUUUAGAACAUUUUUUACCAUAGCAGUAACUACCUCUUACAGGGAAUACCAUAUGCUGCCCCACCAGUAGAUGAGCUUCGAUUUCAAGCACCAAAAGACGUAGAAGCGUGGUCAGAUAGAAAGGAAGUCACAACUUAUCCAUCAGUAUGCUUCCCUACCCAAAAGUUACCCACCAGAAAUCAUUAUGCUGAAGACUGUUUGUAUGUCAAUGUGUUUGCUGACAAUACGUGCAUGGUAUGUUUUUAGAUUGGUAUUUAGGGUUUAGGUACAGUGUAAUAGGCUUGUUGUUACAGUAAGUUACUUUAAUGUAGGGUAAGGUACGAUAGGAUAGGGUAAGGUAGACUAGGAUGUGGUAGGGAUAAAGUGGGGUAGAAUAUAGUAGGUAAGGCAUUGUAGGGUAAAGUAUAAUGGAGUAAAGUAGGGUGAGAUACGGCAGGGUAGGGUAUGGUGGGGUAAGGUAGGGCAGGACAGCGAAGUGUAAGGUAGGUUAAAGUAGAGUAAAAAACAGUUAUUUGUACCAUAUUUUAGGUAAACCUAUGUCCAGUCCUGCUCCUUCUGCACAAUUUACCUCUUCAAGAUCCGAAAAAUCACUUCAAUGAGACUAAUAUCCUAAAACAAUAUGCUUCAAAAGGUCUUGUAGUAGUAGUACCUCAAUAUCGAAAAGGGAUUUUUGGAAAUUUGGAUUUGGGAAAGAGUACCAGCAAGGCUCCAUAUAACGUUCAGUUACUUGGUAAGCUAUUUACCUUGGUUUUUAAUGUUUAGGUAACAAAAUAUGACUGCGACCUUACAAAACGUUUUAAAAUGUAUACCCUCUGCCAUUCUUUUUUAAACCAAAAGCUAUUCAAAAACUAUUUUUAAGACAUAAUCAAAGCCCUGGACUGGACUAACCAUGAGAUCGCAUCGUUUGGCGGUGCUUCUGAUCGAGUUACAGUAAUGGGAAUCAAACAAGAAGCUAGUAAUGUUAUUUACCUUGCUUCAUCAAGUAAAGUGAACCCAUCACAUUACUCUAAGCUUAUCAUUGUUAGUGGUAUAGCACCAGUUGUGCUACAUGCUAAUGAAGAAGCUAGCGUGGCUGUUAGCGAAGAAUUUGGGGUAUGUUUGAUGAAUUUUUGAAGCUUGUGAGUUUGGGUAUGGUAGGGUAGGGUAGAAUAGGCUAUGGUAAAGUAAGACAGGCAAGGAUAUGCUUUAGUAAGUUAUGGCAAACUUUUAUAUUUCAAAAUUUUAGUGUUCAACCACCUCCAAAGUCGAAGCUCAACUAAACUGUCUAAGAAACGUAUCUUCUGAAGAUAUAUGGGCGUUUUACCGGAACACAUCUUAUAUCUUGCAACCACAAGUUGAUAGUAGAGUAAUUGACGUUUCAUUAUGGGAAAAUCCAGAAAGAAGUUUUAACCCAAUGCCACUAUUGAUUAUUAUGAGAGAAGAUGAAGAUUUUGGUUAUAUUGUUCAUGAUCACAAUGAUCUUGAGGCCGACUAUGAGAGUGAUGAUGGCUAUAAUAACACUGGUACUGUUGACGAUACUUAUAGUAAUGACACGGUGAACUAUGAGCAAAAUACUACAGAAUAUACUCGAGAUACUACAAGAUUAAGUCAAGAUACCACAAGUUAUACCCCAGAUACGACGUCGAGCUCUUCUACGCGCCAAACAACAAGGUCAAGCUCUCCACCUACGUCAUCUGAUACUUCUACUUCUUCCUCAACCUCUACUUCACCUACAACUCAAUCGUCAACAUCGACGUCGUCAGAAUCACCAUCUACAUCAACUACGAACCCAAAGACGCAACCUACUACAACAUACGAAGCCAGACAACAAGUAUGUGCCGAACUGAUGUCAUCAUUUGCCUAUCGUCAUACUCAAACUUUAAACAAAUGUGUAUCUUUCUUUACCGACACACAACAGAUCGUAUCUACAGCUUACCAUGCCUUUGCGGUCAAGCUAGCCAAGCUUAAUAUCAAAGCUGGUCAACCAUCGUAUAUUGGUGUCGUAUCAAGUAAUGACGUAGCUGAAAACUACUUUUAUGUUAACGACAUUCAUGGCUAUAAUGAUUCAGAUGACAUUCAUUUCGCCAAAGACUUUUACAGCGAUGUUAUAGUAAGGUUUGUCAUCAACUCGGUGCCGUAUACCAAUUGGCCUAAAGUGGAUAAAAAUGGCAGUAAUUACUAUUAUAUUGAUGUAGAUACAAACAAUGAAAGUUCAGUAUACCCAAAUGGUGUUGAUGGUCAGAUAUUUGAUGAUGUUGGGGUUGAUUUUUGGCUAAAACGGCUAGCACAAGUUGAAAAAGCGGCUGUUUCUACUAAAGAUAGUAAGGUUGAUAGCAAGGUUUUGAAGAAAAGUUAUGCUGGAGGUAAUAAUAGUAAGUACCACGGCCUUAAGGACAAGUUAAGUGGUCACAAAAGUGCUGUCAAGACCUUAGACAACACAGAUAUUCAAUACGACAGCUACAGUAACCUUAACCGUCCGAGUCCAAGAUACGCUGAAAGAUACGGUAAAAAUAGCACCUAUAGUCAUAAAAAAUACCAUAGUAACCACCGUAGGAAUCAUAAUAGUAGUUCUUAUUGGAAUCACACUAGCUACCAUCACUCUUCUACUGAGAGCACUACUAGACGAUCUACUACAUUAUAUGAUGCACAACAUCAUCCUACAACAACAUAUGACAAGUACUAUAAUAAAGACCUACCUCAUGCGGAAAAUCACACCAAUACCUUGAUAUACCCUAUAAAUACAAUGCAACGUCAAAAAGAGUUGAAAGAAAUAAAAGAAGAUCAAAAAGAAAUAGAACAAGAACUAAAAGAACAUGAGGAAGAACUAAACGAAGCCCAAAAAGCUCUAAACCAAGAUCGUAAUGUCAACAAUGAACUAGAAGAUAAUCAGAAAGAACUAAAAAAAGCUCAAAAACAAGCCAAACAUGCCCAAAAACCCCUACAAAACAACGUAGAAUCCAACGAAGAUCCAUUCCAAAACGAAACAGACAUAACCCCAUUCCCAGAAGAUGUAAAUACGACCAUUAUCAUCCUAACAACCACCAACCCCUACUACGAAACCCUCCUUUGGAGUAGGUACAUAAACUUUUUGACCUUAACAGUAGUUGUUAUACUCGGGGUUGGUAUCGUUGGCCUUUCCCGUUUACUCUACCUUCAAAUGGCAGCUCGAGGUGGAGAGAAUGGGAAACGAAAUCUGGAGGAAUUGAAACAAAUCUUGACUCAACAACAGACCAGCCACAAAGGUUAUGGAGUCAUUGAUGAAGAAUAA